UGUUAUCUGUGUACCUUAUUUGUGAUAUCCUAACCAACAACAACAAAAUUGUUCAUAAUAACAAAUUUUGUUGCCUAACGAAACAUAAUUUAAGCCCGAAAAUUAACGGAAACUCUGCUCAGUUUCAAUUGAAUCAACGAUUACAUAAUCGCGCACAUCGGAAAAUAUGGAUUACGUAACUUUAGUGUGGCAUGCACUGUAACUGGAAAUGCAACAACUUUCCGGCCCAAAAGCUAAAUUAUAUGGCGGCCAAGUAAAAGCCCCGUUGAGUCGAAAAUAGAGUCAUCAAAUUUUGUGCCGGCUUCACGGAAAUUAAACGCCGCCGCCGAUUCGCCACGCUUAUAUACACGGCAAUCCGCCGUGAAGUAGGCAACACAACACAUUUAUGCGCACAAGUGAUAACAGCGGAACGAACAGGACAGCGAAGCAAAACACCACAGACGCUGACUCAGGCGGAGGAUUCAGCGAUCCGGAGACAGGAGCAGGGAGGAGUCAGGAGUAAGGACACAGGAGUAAGGGACAACAGCACCACAGCAUCGCCAUGAAGGGCUUGACGGCGUUUAAGGAGAAGGCGACGGGCGUGUUUGGCGGCCUGAAGCCCAACAUGGAGAAGUUCGAGAUAUCGGAGAGAUAUCACGGCGGUCAUGGCGGCUACGAGGAAAUGGAGGGUGGCCAACGUGAAGGUCGCGGUCCGGGCGGUGGCCAUGCCUAUGACGACGACGACGACCGGCCGGACUCGCCCGCCUCCUUUGAGGAGAUCGAGCGUCCACCGCUGCGCAAGAUCGACAAGUACUGCAAGGCGGAGUGUCCUUGCAUGCCGGCCCGCUACACCAUUGCCACCAUGGCCUGCGUGGGCUUCAUGAUCGCCUUUGGAAUGCGUUGCAACAUGUCCGCUGCCAAGCUCAAGGGGGAGCAUAACGGGACGGUAUUCAUGAACUGGACUGUUGCCGUGGAGAGCCAUGUGGACUCGUCCUUCUUCUGGGGCUACCUGGUGACGCAGAUUCCCGGCGGCUUCAUUGCCUCCAAGUUCCCGGCCAACAAGAUCUUUGGCCUGUCCAUCGUCAGCUCCGCCACGCUGCAUCUCUUCGUUCCCUUCGCCAUGACCCUGAUGCACGGACAUGUGGUGAUUUGCGUUCGCGUCCUGCAAGGACUCUUCGAGGGCGUUACUUAUCCUGCCUGUCACGGUAUCUGGCGCUUCUGGGCUCCGCCAAUGGAGCGCUCUCGCCUGGCCACCUUGGCCUUUUCCGGUUCCUACGCCGGCGUGGUGGUGGGUCUUCCGCUCUCCGGCCUCCUAGCGGAUGCUGUGGGCUAUCAGGCUCCCUUCUACGCGUACGGUGUGUUCGGCAUUAUAUGGUACAUGUUCUGGAUAUGGUUGUGCUUCGAGAAUCCGCGCAAACAUCCUGCGAUCAGUAUACCCGAGCUUAAGUAUAUCGAAAAGUCGCUGGGAGAGUCGGCUCAUCCAUCGAUGCCGUCGCUAUCGACAACUCCUUGGCGGGAGAUGAUGCGUUCGAUGCCGGUCUAUGCCAUCAUCGUGGCCAACUUCUGCCGUUCCUGGAACUUUUAUCUCCUGGUGCUGUUCCAGUCCUCGUUCCUCAAGCACAAGUUCGGCUUCAAGGUGGAGGAGGCGGGCUUUGUGGGUUCGCUGCCACAUUUGAUCAUGACCACUAUAGUUCCCUUCGGUGGCAUGCUGGCGGAUCAUCUGCGGAAGAACGGCAUCCUGUCCACCACGAAUGUGAGGAAGCUCUUCAAUUGCGGCGGCUUUGGCAUGGAGGGUCUGUUUUUCCUAUUCGUGGCCCAUUCCUCAACGGCGACGGGUGCCAUGUUUGCCUUGACUUGUGGUGUGGCCUUCAGCGGCUUUGCCAUUUCCGGUUAUAAUGUCAAUCACUUGGACAUUGCUCCUCGCUAUGCCAGUAUAUUGAUGGGUCUGUCGAAUGGCAUUGGCACGCUGGCUGGUAUCAUAGUGCCCUAUGCCCUUGAUGGUCUCAUUCAGGCUAAUCCUACUGGCUGCUGGACCACAGUUUUCACCCUGGCCGCCUGUGUUCAUCUCAUUGGCUGCACUUUCUAUGGUAUCUUUGCCUCUGGCGAACUACAGCCUUGGGCAGAGCCACCGCCUGAAGAGCAGCAGGUGUGGGCGCCACCGGCUGGAGCUAUCACCAACACGGAUCCUAGUCAAGCGGGCAUGUUGGGCAACUACAUGAAGGAGACAUCAUUUGGUGCCCCCGAGUACACUGAACAAAGCCAGAUGCAGCAAUCGAAUGCCAUUAGCUACGGUGCCACUGGACAUGUGGCCAAUAAUCCGUUUGCCAUGGCUGGAGCCACUGCACCCAUUGCCGAGGAGGAUGCUCCGCCAUCGUAUGGGGAUGUGUCCAAUACGUAUGGGUACACGCAGGAUGUUACCUCGGGCCAAAUGCCGUCCUACGAUCCGCAGGGAUACCAGCAGCAGCAGUAAAGGCAUCACUCUGGUCAACCCUAUAUAUAUAUAUCAUAGCUUUUAGUUAUGGCUGGAAGUCGUUACAAGUUUAUUGUUUUUUUCUUGGUGUGCUGUUAAAGUUUAUUACCAAUUCACUCUCUCUCCUUGAUGAGUUUAAUUCUGCAAGAGAAAUCUUUGCAGAAAAGAUUUAACUAAAGAUAUAGAUAUAAAUGAAAUAGAUAGAGAUUGUUGGCCCUGAGGUCUUGGUCUAAAAUGUGUUAGUUACCAUUGAGAAACUCCUUACCGUUGCUAAAUAUAUGUUUAUAUUAAAAUUUAUAUUCAAAUUAAAAGGAAUCAAGACCUCAAGUCCGGCAAUUUCUCAAUCAGGGAUGCCAAGACGUGGAUCUUUAGAGUUCUCUAAAGCUUCUUGGCCUGGGAAUUCCUGUAAAUAGCCGACUAAAUAUUAUAAAUAAAUGAAUAAUGAGUUUUCAGCGAAAGAAGUAUGAGUUCCACAUGCCACACUAACACAAUGAAACUAUGUACCUAACAGAGAAACUACAUAUGCAGAGACAGCAAUACCGUUAGCCAAUACCAUUACCAAACAACCACAAUGCCCACACAGACGCACUAAAGAGUAGCAUAGUUUAGGGCGUCGCUUCCGCGAAUUUCUAUUUACAAGCUCCACAAUCAAAACAAAGAAAUACAAGAAACCAAAAUGCAUAGCAAUGGGUAAACACAAGAAAGGGAAAUUACUGGAAUAUAUAUAUUCGACAUAUUCAACACAUGUGUAUAUCAAAAACCACACAUAAUCCAGACACGCACCACGUCUCAAAGAAAGUAAUACUUAUAUUUAACUCAAUAUAUAUUAAAGGGUGUAUGCAGAAUUAUAUAUAAAAUAUAUAUAUAGCCAAAGAUUGUUGUUAACUCUGCAGUUAGCCAGUGCCAGCUGCAAGUUUUAUUACCGUUGAUGAUAUUAUCUUCUGUGUAAAGAAUUAUUGCAUAUAAGCACCAGAACAUUUUAAUCAAACCUAAGCAAUUGUUGAUGUUCGCCACGAAUGAUAACCAUAAAAAAACAAGUACUAGCUAAUCGAAUAUACAUAAUACCCAAUUCCCGUUGAUUAUAUAUGUUAAUAAAAUAUGUUUUGUUUGUCUCACCCAACUUCUCGAAAGCACCCCAUUGUAUAUGGUAAGCUCUUGUGUUGGAAGGACAUGAGCAAGGCAUGAUGUAGGUACUAAAAAUCAUAACACUUAAGUAGAUAGUGGUAGGCGCAUAUAACCUCAAACUUGGUCUUCAUAUGCUCACUACUUAAUAGGCAGUAAAUAAUACUUAUAAAUUAUACAAAGUGGUUUCAGUUUUUUUGGGAUUUUAAAGUCAGGAACUUUUGCAUGUAUUCUGGAUAAAUUCCUUUUUGUUCUUUCUGAUAACUUC